AUGAUUUCAAGAAAUUUCAAAUUACCGAGCCAAUCUAACACAUAAUACAAUACUUAACACUCGGGAACUCCAGGUGGAAGAGAAUAUAGUUUUACAGAUUUCUAGCCAGAUGUCAUUAAACAAGUUGCAUUGACGACUAGCUCAUAACAGGAUAAAUCAAAGGCGACAUCAACUAAGAACGCAAAUAAUAUCUAGCCUGCUUUUAGAUCUUUUAAGGAAAGGAUGAGCAUCUUUGUUCAUAGCAGCAACACAGGAGCAAUGACUGUUAGGACUGCCUCAUAAAACGGAUCAAAUUCAGCUAGAUCUAAGCAAGACUUUUAAAUAAACUUACAACAAUUAAGAGAAUCGUACAAUGAUUAUCAAUAAUAAGAAACCCUAAAGAAAAGAGAAGUAUUGGAAAGACAGAUCUCAGUCGAGAAAAGACUAGAACAAGUUAAAUCAGGUAUAAAGACACUUUUUGAGAGAUAUAGCUCUCACAACCAGUAAUAUGGCUAUAUGAAGUUCAAUUAAUUCAAGGAUAUAUUUACAAUAGCUUAGUUGUAUCCAGAAAAGCUUAAUCAAGAGCAACUUGAGAUCAUUUAUUAUCAAUCUAAGAGAAAAGACGACUCUGCUCUGGUUUACGAAUCAUUUCUGAAAACAAUUUUGACGAUUUCGAAGUUUCUCUUCCCUUAAAAGCAGCCAAUAGAGGCUACUAUAAGCAUAUACGAGGAAUAUUUAAAGAGUUAAGUCACUUAAGAAAAUAUUAGAGAGAUUAAUACCUAGACUUUAAAUAAAACUCUCUGGGAAAAAGAUGUCAGACUGAUUAAAAGUCUGGCUUCAAAGUUCGCCAAAGUAUAUCCACUAUAUUGGAAAAAUGAACUUAUCAUUAAAAAGGAAAAGUCUAGAUUUGAGAAUGAAUAGGAUUCUCAAAAAGAAUUACAGAGGUUUGUCAGGGACUUCAACCUAGUAUUUCUGUUGUAAAAUAAAAACAUUCAAAAAUUCAACAGAUUAUUAGAUGAGUCAUUGAAUUAAAAAACGGAUUUCUUAGGGAUAGAGGUAGCUUGUCUUGAAUAAGGACAUACCUUUAAAUUUUCUAUGCUUAUUAAUUUCCUCUUAAAAUGUGCCCAUGCAUUUUACCCUAUAAAUGGUCUCUCUGAAUUACUUGAAAAACUAGAAUUUUCUAAGGGUACUGAGCAAGUUAGAGCAUUAGGUCUAAGAGUGUCCUUUAUUAACCAUUAUGAUGUUAGAAUAGAAGAGGAUAAUGUAAUGAGUGGAGUAUAAAGUUAAUUCUAAAAGAGAGAUUCUUAGAUGAAUUUCUUCUAACAAGUAGGUGGAGGUAAUAGAAAUAAUAAACAGCCCAACCAAUUAGAGAUGUCUAUGAUGAAUAGUCGAGAGUUUGCCUUAAAGCUCAAUAAGUAUGUCGGAUAGCUCGAGAAAAUUUACCAAUAAUAUGCGAUUGAAGCCAGCAGUAGACUUGGAAUGAACAAUUUUAUAAAAUUCUUAAAGGAGUAUGAUCUACUUUCAGAACAAAAUCAUACUUUAGAGAUAGGCAAGAUUAAUCUAAAUAAGAAUGGCAUCAUAGAGGAAUAUCACAAAGUUUCAGUGAACAGAGUUCAAAUUAUCUUUAAAUAGACAACUAAGUCUAAGAAUGCAAAGUUGAAUUUUGAAUAGUUCCUUUACGCUUUGAAGUAAUUAUCAACUGAAGUGUACCCAUUCUCAGGAGCAGAUGAAAAUGAAUAUGAAAAUUUGGAAAAGACUAUGAAUGAAAUGUAGAGAUACGAAAACUCAGUAUUCUUCAAACUUAUUUCCAGAAAUAUCAUUAAAAAGAUUCCAGUGCGGUAGAAUAAAUAUGAUAAAUAUAAAGAAGUAAAAGAUUAGGAAGGAGCAUAAGCAGAGGAAAUUGAAUUCAUAGCAGAAGACAAGAUCAAAGAUAUGCUAGAUGCAAUGUAAGAUGUUGAUAUUUAGGGCCUAAUCAAGAUUUUUUACAACUAAAUUCAGCCUCUAAUGCGAUUAUUCUAAUCAACUCUCGAAGGACUAAUGGACUUUGAAGCAACUCUUAGAUUUUGCUAAACUUAUGAUAUUUUCCCAUCUUUAUGCUCCAAAGUAAAACUAAAAGAGCUAUUCACUGUAUUCGCUUCAUUUCAUCAGCAAUCCAUGAUUAAUAAAGUUGGAAAAAGAAAAGCUCUUGGAGAAGAAGGAAAGAGAUAUAUUGAUAAUGAUUUAUUGAUUGAGCUUUUGGUAACAAUAGGUCUCAGCUAAAAAACACUAAGCAGUUAGAAUUAAGAGAAUUAGUAUGAAGGAUAUUUCAUUAAGGUAUGA